AUGGAUAGACGGCUUCGUUUCAGGAACCGACCCCGAACAUCCGGAAUACUGGGGAAGAUCAAUGACACUGACCAACGCAUGGUAGAGGCCGAGAUCGUAGCAUUUGCGUUGCUUGCCGCUCCUGAUCGGAUCUACAAGCCUUUAAAUCAAAAGUCCAAACAGAAUGUUACAGACUGGCUGCGCACAUUGAACGGAAUGGGAAUGCCAAAGAAUAACUGGCGUUGGUUCAGAGUCUUUGGAAACCUAGCUCUGUCAAAAGUUUGCGGCAUCUCUUUUGAAAACGUUCGUGAUGAAAUCAACUCUGACUUGGAGCUUUUGGACACCUUCUACCGCUUCGAUGGUUGGUCGGCAGAUGGACCCUGGCAAACCCCUGAAGAGGCACAAGUUGAAGUCGACCAGUACGAGAAUACUGGUAGACGUGAUGCUAUUGGCAUUGGGCGACAAGCAGACUACUAUUCUGGAAGCUUUGCUAUCCAGUUCAGUCAGCUACUCUACUCUCGAUUCGCCGCUGACGUUGACCCCGAGAGAGCCGAGACUUACCGCCAACGGGCGAGGGACUUCGGUGUCAGUUUUUGGAGGUCCUUGACCUACCGAUUUGCUUGUGGCGGUUACUUUGCUGCUUUAGCCCUGGCACAGAUUCCUGGAAUGCCGAGUCCGCUUGACUCUCCUGGAGCAGUGAAAGGAUUCUUGAUGAGACACCUUAGAUGGUGGGCCAAGAACUCUGAAGACAUCUUCUAUCCAGACGGGACUCUGAACAUCGGAUGGUUUUACCCAAAUAUGUAUCUGAGCGAGGACUACAACUCGCCGCAAUCCCCAUACUGGUGCCUAAAAACUCUCGUUGCGGUCGGACUCGCAGAUGACGACACCUUCUGGACAGCAGAGGAGACGGCCUACCCUCAGCUUCCCGUAACUGAUACAGUAUCCCUUGUGCCAGCACCUCAGCAGGUUGUCUGUAACCACUCGGAGGGCAAUCAUCACUUCUUGCUGUCUCCUGGGCAGUUCGUUGCGUGGCCAAUGAAAGCCAACCAGGCCAAGUACUGCAAGUUUGCCUACUCGUCUGCAUUCACAUUCUCCGUGCCUACGGGUCCAUUGAUUCAGCAAAUCGCCCCUGACAAUGCGCUUGCUCUGAGUCGCGAUGGCGGAGAGACCUGGGCUGUCAAAUGGAAGUCGGAACAAGUGCAGUUUUUGACUGCCUAUAUUCAGGGACCAUCGGGGGCGGAAGAGGUGCAAGCCACGAGCGCCAAGUGGUAUCCAUGGGGCGAUCGAGCCGUGAGCGUCAACACUACUCUAGUCCCGCCUACGAAUCGUUGGCCUGACUGGCACGUUCGGAUCCAUCGUGUCAAGGUCCACGAGAAAAUCAGAACGUUGCACACCAUUGAGGGUGGUUUUGCCAUCUCCGGUCGCAAGAAGUCUGAUGGAAUGCCUCUGCCAAUGCUCGAAAGCAUUCCAUUAGACUCGAAACUGGGUUCGACUGAGGGCUUUAUCCAAGGAAAGUGGUUCGCCUUGGUUUUGUCCUCUCCAGGUGCAAGUGGCAUGGUCACGAAGUUGCUGGAUAGCCGUCAGUCAACGACGGAGUGUUUUCCACUGAAACCAGACUCCAACACAAAUCUGGCGUGCCCAAGGACAUUGAUUCCUGUUGCUUCUCACGCCCUAAUGGGUGGAUUGGAUCCCGGAGUCGAGAUCACCUUGGUAGAGUCCAUCUUUGCUCUUUCUACAGCGGCAAACGGUGGAUGGUCUGAGACGGGCAAAAGUCUGGCAGAGCGUUGGUUGGACAGCCCCUUAGUCCAGCUUGGAUUGGACCAAGACGCCGCUAAAUCCAUGGACUCGAUAGUUGUCAGUGCUACUGGUUGA